AUGAGUGAAAAUAUUUCUGCUAUUUCUGAAAUCUCUUCUAUUUCUUCCUCUGCUGCCACCACCGCAUCUUCUUCACCCAAUAUUCUUGAAUCUGAUCAAACAGUCAACAACGACAAUAAAAAUAAAAACAACAAUCAUCAUCAUAAUGUUGAUUCACUUCCUCAAAUUAAACUUCCAUUUCCACCAGUGAUUGAUCCAUCAGACUUGAUUCAUCCUAGCAAACCAGUUACAAGUAUUUCUGCAUUCGACGAACCUCAUAAACCAUCACGUGCACCAAAUGCAUUCAUCAUUUAUCGUAAAGCUUUUCUGGGUACAGUACAAGCUGAUGGCUACAAAUUACCAAUGACCGUUAUUUCAACAAUGGUUUCCAAAUCUUGGGAAAAUGAGCCUCAAUAUGUUAAAGAUGAAUAUAAAAAACUUGCAAAGGAAGCAUUUGAUUGUCUCAAUGAGAUGAAUCCAAAACCAACCAAACCUAAUAAAAGGGAACGUUGGAAUUUCGUUUCUUUUGAGCAAAAAAAAUAA